CUGUUGUCAUGGAAACUCUUUAGCGUCUAAAAAUGGCGUCUUUACUUGUCAAGAAAGUGUUUGAAAUAAAUGGCCAGGGUCCUCCUCCUACAAAAUAUUUUUUUCAGCUUACUGUCACUAAAACUGAGGUGAUAUGGAGAUCGUGGAAGAUUUCUUUGCGGAUUGAAUUCAAGGGUGCUGCACCUGGAGAAAAUAAGAUGACCCACGAUGACCAUUUGCAUGAUGCCCGCAUGCAGCAACAGGUAGGUGGGGUGUUUGGCCAGCAGAUUUUACAGUACACCCAAGCACUGUGCCAAGGGAACUUUGACUACCUGGAGCGCCUGCCCAAUGACCUACUGCUCCAAAUCCUGGCCUUCUUGGAACUGAAGGACAUUGCACUGCUGGCACAGACCACAAAGAGGUUCCACAAGGUGAGCCUGGGCUUUACAAACCCAAAGGACCGAAACUCUGACAUGGAGGCCCUAGCCAACGCCACGGGCUGGAGGAAGAUAUUCUUUGCCUUCUUCAACACCAAAGAGAACCAGCAGUAUGUACAUGGAGGUAGCUAGACACUUAAACAAGACAGUGUUACUCAUCUCAUAAUAAAGAUUUGAGGAAAUGUAAUUUUCUCUGCCAUUAGCACAAGGAGUUAUGUAUUUGAAUGGUGUGUUGUGUCUCUGUGUUUAAAAUGCACUAUUGCUUGAUUUAUGUUAUGUGAAUGUGUAUGUCAGAGCUUGUUUAUUCUCUCUGCAAAAAUAAAAAGUGCCAAAUGCUGUAGGCUUCCUUCGAACAAAUAACAUUCAAUUAUUUAGUCUUGGUUUUUGUUAUUGCAUUUGAGUUCUAAUCCAGUAUGUUAUAUGCACUGUUUACAAGUAAAGCCAUACUAUUAUCUGAAUGAAUGCAUGUUGCA